CUCAGUUUCUCUGGAUUAUCUGUACGACAGAUAUUUAUUUCAGACUACGCUGCAAGAUGGCCCAAGCCUACACGAACGAUCAUUCUCCGUCUGUCCUGCAGACACACUCUUGGCGAAAUGCCAAUAAUUCGGCAGCUUAUCUUCUCCCUCACCUGCAGCCGAAUAUGAGCAUCCUUGAUGUUGGCUGCGGUCCAGGUUCUAUUACUAUCGACCUGGCACGAAAAGUGCCACUCGGGCAUGUGGUUGGGGUAGAAUAUGUGGUUGAUCCACUGGAUGGAGCACGAUCGCUUGCCGCCUCGGAAGGAGUGACCAAUGUCAGAUUUCAAGUCGGCGACAUACACGAUUUACCGUUUCCCGAUAAUCACUUCGAUGUUGUUCACGCACACCAAGUUCUGCAACAUAUUGCCGACCCAGUUCAGGCAUUCAAGGAGAUGCGGCGUGUGGUAAAGAAAGGGGGAAUCGUGGCUGUACAGGAGUCUAUCUCCUCAACAAUAUACCCUGAUUCUGAAGGUAUGACGGCCUGGCGGGAUCUUCAGAGCCGAAUUCGACAGAGUAAAGGGAACCAUAUGAAAGCGGGGAGUCGGCUCCAUGUUUGGGCGAAAGAGGCUGGCUUUUCUUUGGAGAAUAUGAAGAAGAGUACUGGAUCGUGGUGUUUCAGCAGUCCCGAUGAACGGAAAUAUUGGGGUGGUGCAAUGGAAGAAAGAGCCCGCUCCUCCGGUCUUGCGACGACCGCAGUUCGGGAAGGAUUUGCUACUCAAGAAGAUUUGGAGCAGAUGGCAACGGCUUGGAGAGCCUGGGUGGAGAAUGAGGAUGGGUGGCUUGGAUUUUUACACGGACAGAUUAUCUGCUGGAAGUGAUGCCCUUUUUUCCGAUAUUUACUGAGAACCUUUCAGCGAACAAGUUAUACUGGCGAUGUUUAUCGCCAUACUGGCUGAACAUCUUGAAGGACAUGGCUUACAAGGCAUCCGCAGUUAAAUCUACAGAAGGCUAGGGCUAUAGAGAUACAUCAUCGUCCUACUCAUACUCACGAUGAUCUAGCGGAUUGAAUAAAUCUUAGUCGUGGAGGCAAUCUCUGUAGCUAGUCGAAUAAACUCUCCCUUUAUAAUUGUGCCUAGGAAGUGUAUAUUCCGCAGCUAGUUCGAUAAAUCAACUAAAGGGACGCG